GGGUCCGGGAGAAUGUCUGAGAGACAGGAUGGGCACCAACGAGAUAGAGAGAGAGAGAGAGAGAGAGAGAGAGAGAGAGAGAGAGAGAGAGAGAGAGAGAGAGAGAGAGAGAGAGAGAGAGAGAGGGAGAGAGCCUAUGAGAGAGAGAGAGAGAGGGAGAGAGGGAGAGAGCCUAUGAGAGAGAGAGAGAGAGAGAGAGAGAGAGAGAGAGAGAGAGAGAGAGAGAGAGAGAGAGAGAGAGAGAGAGAGAGAGAGAGAGAUUGUAGAGAGAGAGAGAGAGAGAGAGAGAGAGAGAGAGAGAGAGAGAGAGAGAGAGAGAGAGAGAGAGAUUGUAGAGAGAGAGAGAAAGAGAGAGAGAGAGAGAGAGAGAGAGAGAGAGAGAGAGAGAGAGAGAGAGAGAGAGAGAGAGAGAUACUGUAGAGAGAGAGAGAGAGAGAGAGAGAGAGAG